GCCGUAGGAGCUGGAAAACUUAGCUGCAUUUUCGAAACAGCACAUUCCGGCAAACGCUUUGGCGAAAAUUAAUUUUGGAAGGCAACACUAUUAUGGAAAAUCGGCUGCGCCCAAUAUAAAGUCUCGCGCGCGGCCUCCCGGAAGUUAGAGGCUUGUUCUCUAAUAAAGAGCGAGCCUGGAUCCCAGCAGAGGACAAUGAAUGAGUGGAUGCCCAUUGCCAAAGAAUAUGAUCCUCUCAAGGCUGGGAGCAUCGAUGGCACUGAUGAAGAGCCUCACGACCGGGCCAUCUGGAGAGCGAUGCUGGCUCGCUAUGUGCCCAACAAAGGGGUAUCUGGAGACCCCCACCUCACGCUCUUUGUGGGGAGGCUGAACCUGCAGACCACUGAAGAAAAGCUGAAAGAUGUCUUCAGCAGGUACGGCGACAUCAGGAAGCUGCGGCUGGUGCGGGACGUGGUCACGGGCUUCUCCAAGCGCUAUGCUUUCAUUGAGUACAGAGAAGAACGAUCUCUGUUAAAAGCUUACAGAGAUGCCAACGGAUUGGUUAUUGAUCAGCAUGAGAUCUUUGUCGACUAUGAGCUAGAAAGAAUCCUUAAAGGGUGGAUCCCUCGGAGACUUGGAGGAGGGUUUGGUGGGAAAAAAGAAUCUGGACAACUGAGAUUUGGUGGACGGGACCGGCCUUUUAGAAAACCCAUUAACUUGCCAGUGUUCAAAAGUGACUUCUAUGGAGAGGGGCAGAGGGAGAGGAGGGAGUGGUCCCGAGACAGAAGCUGGGACUGGAGGACCAGAGAUCGAGACCAUGACAGGGGCCGAGAGAAGAGGCGACAAGAAAGGGAGAGCAGCAGGGCCUGGGACGAGAACGAGAGGGAAAGAGAGCGGGACUUCAGAGAAGAGAGGAGCAGGGGGCGAGAGAGGAAGGACCGAGAGAGAAGAGAUAGGAGCAAGGAGAGAGACUCCAAAAAGCAGAGGGAGGAUGAUAAACACAAGUAGAGACUUUAACUCCCGACAUCUCCAUGAAACAGCUGCCCCUCUCCUUGGUACCUGCAGGGGCACUGGUUGGUCAGUCAGUCAGCUGCCAGCACCUGGGGUGCAUGUUUCCUCUUCAUCCAUUCACUCCAUCAAGUCUUCCUUUGUGUGCCUUUCUCCCCUUAGAUUUUCCAGGGCUUUCCCUGAGCUCUCCUCUGCCACUUUCCUAGUCUAGUUUGUGUUACCUUUAUUCGGGGACAUACAAUUCUAAUCUUUCGUCUCAUCCAAGCCCAAACUUAAUAAAUGCUUGUUAAAUCUAAAUCUAAAAAGUGACAUGUUAGCACAGGGCCUGGCACAUAGUAGGCCCUUACUAAAUACCUGUCUCCUUCUUCCUUGAGGAUGCAAAAAUAAAGUAGCAAAGCCAGGCCAUGCCUUCAGGCCAGCAGCCUCUCCAUCGGCUUGUGGACUUGUAGUGACAGGGAGCUCUCUACCUCCCAAGACUGCCUGGUUUCAAGCAGCUCUAGCGGUGGGGAAGGUUUUCCUUUUUUUCCAAACCUUACAGUUCUGCAAAAUGAAUUGAGAGUGUACAGGACAGCCCAGUGAAAUGCUCACACCCUGUGAACUGCGGAGCAAACUACUUCUGAGCCUCCUCUUUCCUCUCCUUCCUCCCUGCUUGACCCUCAGCAAACUGGGCAAACUGACCUCUGCCUAUUUGGGUGACGUAAAUUGAAAGUAAGCCACCAUAACAACAGCUAAUGUUGUACAGAGCCCUAAGAUUUGUAAAACCUUUCACAGAUCACUCAUUUGGGUUUCACCACCACGCUGGGAAAUAGGUGCCACUAUUAUCUUCAUUUUACAGAUGUGGAAACUGAGGCAGGCAGGAGGUAAGUGACUUCUCUAGGAUCACACAGCCAGGACAUCUCUGCUACAUGCAGAUGAGCUGGAUGUAAGCAAGGGGAGCCUGUGCAAGGUCAGCAGCCUCAUUUUCCCUUCCAGAGCCAUCGGGGUCCCGAUAGAGAUCAGGAUGACUGGAGAUGGCUCUGGAUACAGGGGGAGCCUAAGUCUGUUUGAACAAAGGGCUUCAACAAGGCUCAGUUUGCCCGAGGCCGCCCCCAUUCAGUGAGAAAGUCAUCUGAGACCUAAUUUGAACUCAAGUCUUCCUGACGCCAGAUCUAGCAUUCUGUCCACCAUGGCCCCGAGCUGCCGCUAAAGAUACACGCGCUAGAUGUACUUGGACAGAUGCUUUUCAGAAAGAUAGACGUUGAUGGACAUCUUAUUGUGCUUACUUAUUUAACGCUGAAAAUUCAAGGAAAUGUUUCGGGUAAUUUAUUUCUACGCUCUCCCACAGAAUUGGUGCUUAAUAAAUGUUACUUGAAUCACAGCUAUCUAUUUUAU